AUGGUGAGAUUAAAAGCUGCAGAAGAUGUCAAUGUCACUUUUGAGGAUCAACAGAAAAUUAACAAAUUUGCAAGAAAUACUAGCAGGAUCACAGAGCUGAAAGAAGAAAUAGAAGUUAAAAAGAAGCAACUUCAGAAUUUGGAAGAUGCCUGUGAUGACCUAAUGAUGCUUGAUGAUGAUGAUUCACUACUGAUACCCUACCAAAUUGGAGAUGUCUUCAUUAGUCAUUCCCAAGAAGAGACACAAGAGAUGCUGGAGGAGGCAAAGAAAAGUUUACAAGAGGAAAUUGAAGCAUUGGAAUCCCGAGUGGAAUCAAUUCAGAGAGUGCUGUCUGACCUGAAAGUUCAGCUCUAUGCAAAGUUUGGAAAUAACAUAAAUCUUGAGGCUGAGGACAGUUGAAGGUUUUCUAAAUAUAUCAUAAUUUUUUUUUCAUUAUUUUAGUAAAUAUUUUGACAGUUCUUCUUUUCCAGCAAUGUUUAAAAAAAUUCUACCAGUUUCUUAUUUUCUGACUUUCCUGUCUUGGGUUCCAUCUAUUUAAUGAGAGCUUUCUUACUUUGCUUAUUGCAGUUAUUUAUUUGUUCAGGAAAGCAUUAGCGUCACUCUAUUGAUAAAGCAUCAAGGUUGGAAUAUUUGCGCUGUUUAUUAAAAUAAUAAAGUCAGGCACAUAUCAUA